UUUGUCUCUUUUUUAUAGCGCAAAAACACACGACAACCAUGGGGAAAAGCAAGCUUAAGACUGCGCUUAUUCACCAGCAAGGGCGCAAUAUUAAGCUUGAGAAGCAGCGCAAGCAUGAGAAACAGGUGCAGAAGCGGAAACAAAAGCGCGAUGGGAACGAGGCGCACGAGGAUGACGAGGAGGGAGGAGUGCCGCUGGAUGAGGUAGAGGUCAAGGUCAAUGGCAAAGCGAAGAAGGAUAAGAAGGAAGACAAGUCGCCAAAGGCUGCGCCUGCCGUCAAAGAGGUCGAGUUGGAGACUGAGGGUAGCGAGGAUGAGAGUGAGGAUGAUGAUGAUGAGGCGUCUGAACGACCUGCGCUCGACCUUUCGCACCUCGACGACAGCGAGAGCGACAUUAGCUCGGAUGAAGAGGAGAUGCAGGCUGAAGACGACGAAGAAGGCGAGGAUGAGGAUGAAGAGGAGGAUGACGAGGAUGACGAGGAUGACGAAGAAGACAUUGCGCUCUCAGACCUCGACUCCGUCGCCUCAGAAGAAAAGGGCGACAUCAUCCCUCACCAACGUCUCACAAUCAACAAUACCGCUGCCCUUACCGCCGCCCUGCACCGCAUACAACUACCCUACUCGAAGCUCGCCUUCUCAGAACACCAAUCCGUAACCACGGAUGAGCCUGUCGAGAUUCCCGAUGUCGAGGACGACCUCAACCGUGAGCUCGCAUUCUACAAGCAGUGCCUAUCCUCUGUCAAAGAGGCACGGCAAAAACUCAAGAAGGAGGGAGUGCCAUUUUCACGACCCGCAGAUUACUUUGCGGAGAUGGUCAAGAGCGACGAACACAUGGGCAAGAUCAAGCAAAAGCUGAUUGAUGCUGCGGCUGGCAAGAAGGCGGCUGCCGAGGCGCGCAAGCAGAGAGACUUGAAGAAAUUUGGCAAGCAAGUCCAGGUCGCAAAGAUGCAGGAGCGCGCAAAGGAGAAGCGGGAUACUAUUGAGAAAAUUAACACCCUCAAGAGAAAGCGACAAGGCGCAGACAUCACCUCCACCAACGAAGAAGAUCUCUUUGACGUCGCCGCCACAGCCGAUGACUCCAAGUCUGAUCGUCGUGCCGGCCGCGGUGGCGCCGACGGCAAAGCGUUCAACGCCAAGCGCCAGAAGAAAGAUGCAAAAUACGGUUUCGGAGGCAAGAAGAGGCAUUCUAAGAGCAACGAUGCACAGUCCAGUGCUGAUGGCCGAGGUUUCUCUGUUCGCAAGAUGAAGGGCAAGCCUAGCGGUGGCGGCGGCGCAAGCAAACGGCCAGGCAAGGCGAGGAGAGCGAAGAUGCAUUAGGAAACCAUAAAAGGGCGGUGAUAUUUGCAUGUGUAUGGGCGCUUUUGGCGUUAAUAGGGCUUAUUGAGAAAAGAAGGAAAAGAACGUGUGUAUUAUGUUGAACCUUUUUCUUGGUAAGAAGAAGACGACGAGUGGUCUUUUCUCUUCGCACUGUCAUAUCACAUACUAGUGCGAAUCAAUGCAACAGACAUGAAUUGAGCCACUUUUUUUCGGAAGUGCCGUUAGGAUCUGUGAAUUCAAGGGCACUUGGCUUUUACAACCGUCUCAUUAUUCAAUAUUUCUCUUGACUCAUUCUCACCACUAUUUUCCCCCUUGCCCUACCCGUUCUCAACUUUUGAUACGCUUUCGGUACAUCUUCGAACUCAUACACCUCAUCUAUCACCGGCU